UGUCUGAGGUUGGACCACAGGGAGGAAUCAGAGGCGCACUGACUCCACACAGUGGAUGAAAAGAGUCCCGUGGAAUGGAGGAAGCGAACCAAGGCGCAAAAACGGGCUCCUUUUGAAAUAUAACAACAUGGAAGAGAUGCGUGAAUGAGACCAGAGGUGAUGAAGAGUGCAAUUACGGGUUAAGGUUGUUUUCCAAAAUGGCACGGAUUUGCGCCCAUCCAAAUGCGCACUUUGCAAAGAUGACAUAGCGCUUGAGAAAAUGGGAUUCUUCCAGGAAAAGAACUCACUCACGACCUGAAUGAAAGUAGGAUAAGGGAUUCUAUUCAGAUCGGAUUUUUGUUUUGCUCUUUUUAAAAAAAUCUUUAUUUACUUGACAAGCUUUGGUUGUGAGUGAACUAAUAGUGAAACAUGAAUCUGGGCAAAGCACUUCUGUUUUUUCUCCUCUCGAGUUGUGUGACAAUGACUUUCUCGCUUUCCACUUGCACCACUGUGGACAUCGACCACAUAAAGAAAAAGAGGGUGGAGGCGGUCCGGGGACAGAUUCUGAGUAAACUACGGAUGACCAGUCCGCCUCAGGCAACAGGUCCGAGCCAGGUGCCGUUUCAGGUCCUGGCCCUGUACAACAGCACCAGGGAGCUCAUUGAGGAGCUUGGGAGAGACCGGCAGCAGAGUUGCGGACAGGAUAACACAGAGACUGAGUAUUACGCCAAAGAGAUUUACAAGUUCAACAUGGUCAAUGGUCUACCAGAAAACAAUGACCUCCCCCACUGCACUAAGAGUAUAACCUCCAAGGUAUUCCGCUUCAACGUGUCAAUCCUAGAAAAGAAUGCCACCAACUUGUUCCGGGCCGAGUUUCGAGCCCUGAGGAUCCCCAACCCCAGUGCCAAGAAAAACGAGCAAAGGAUUGAGCUCUAUCAGAUCCUCCAGAAAGACGACCCCAAAGCUAAACAACGCUACAUUGGGGGUAAGAAUGUCCUGACCAAGGGGACACCUGAGUGGGUCUCCUUUGACGUGACGGAGACAGUGAGGGAGUGGCUGAUGUACCGACAGACCAAUCUUGGCCUGGAGAUCAGCGUGCAUUGUCCCUGCCACACUUUCAGGCCUAACGGAGAUAUCAUUGAGAACACCAACGAGGUGCUGGAAGUCAGGUUCAAAGGUGUGGAAGGAGACUUUGACGAGCUGAGCCGUGCGAAGAAACAAAAAGAGCAGCUGUACCCUCACCUCAUCCUCAUGAUGCUUCCUCCUCACAGACUGGACGCCCAUUCCUCCUCCCGCCGCCGUAAGCGGGCACUUGACACCAAUUACUGCUUCAAUAAUUAUGAGGAGAACUGCUGCGUGCGACCACUAUAUAUUAAUUUUCGUCAGGAUUUGGGCUGGAGGUGGAUCCACCAGCCUGAAGGGUACUACGCCAACUUCUGCUCUGGUCCGUGUCCCUACCUACGCAGUGCGGACACCACCCACAGCUCGCUGCUGAGCCUCUACAACACUUUAAACCCCGAAGCAUCCGCCUCCCCCUGCUGUGUUCCUCAGGACCUGGAGCCCCUCACCAUCCUCUACUAUGUUGGACGCUCUCCAAAAGUCGAGCAGCUCUCAAACAUGGUCGUCAAGUCCUGCAAAUGCAGCUAAACGUUAGGGACUCCAGGCCCUGAUGAGACAUGCGAUGAGAAAGCUUGGAGCAGGAGGAUGCAAUUUAUCUUUGACGAGAACCCCAAUCACCUGCUCUCCCCCUUAAAGAAAGAAAAAGAAGUCCACCACCCCGCACACAAUUAUUGGCAACGUUUAACAAGACUCAUCAAACCCCACUUCACCAACACUGACAUAGUUAUUACUCAUGUUUUGUAAUUUUACAACAGUUUAAAAAA